AUUACCAUGUAACUGCCAAGGACUCUCCUCUGAGUUAUUAGCAGAAUACAACAGCGCUAUCACUUCAACAACUGAAGUAGCUGGAAUAGUCAUAUUGGCAGAGCAAUUGUAUGCUAAUAAUCCAUGAAUAAUACAGUGCACUAAUAUACAGAGCGGCCAAAGGGACGAGAGCAAUGGGAAAAUAAAUUAGAUAUUCACAAGGGAAGUGCUUCAGUGGUUUAAAGUAGUACUCACGUAAACCAUCAAAAAUAUUUACUAAAAUUCUACAUCGUUUCGAUACUGUAAUUUAAAACAAAUGCCGACACAGUUUGUUUCACUCGAUAAUGCAUACAGUUUCGUUGAUUCGGCCAUGUGCUGUCUUCUGCUCGUCUGCUGCUUGCUGGCUUGCUUGCUUGCUUUGUUUCUUGAUCGCUAAGUUUAGAGACACGCCACCAGGCUUGACAUGAGAGUCACCUUCUCACUGCUUGUUUCCUCACACUUUGUUACCAGCCAGUAGAAAUGCCGAAGUUCUGGAGCUUCUUACUUUACGUUGGCGUGCGCGAACAUCGGAAUGUUCGCAGUAAUCUCACAUAUCGUGCUGCUACACAUGAUCGGUACACAGGCCUCGGACAGGACCACAAUUACUAUAAUCGGUAUCAAUGCCGGUUUCUUCGUCUUUGCUCUUUUUCUCUUCUUCCUCCUACUCCUCCUCCUCUUCCUCCCCCUCUUCCUUCUCCUCCCCCCUAAUAUGUCUUCUUUUUUCAUUGCCGUUCUACCUUGUUCUAUAUCGUAUAUUACCUUGCUGCUACUCCUGCAAUACCCCAGCUACCGUUCUUGAUAGUUACGAUGCAGAUGAUUAUGCGAUAAUGAGGUGCAGUAAAUAAUACACAUAAAAAGAGCCAGAUAAGUUUGAACUCUAUAGGAAUUUUUAUAUUGGUGACGACUUCGCGGUGGUGUUGGUCCUCGUGGUGGCGGUGGCGGGGGCGAUGGCAGUGGCGGUGGUUCUUUAUUACAGUAACAUUCAGUUCCUUUAAUUUUAAUGCUGCCUCCUGCAAAAUUACAGACCGAUAGGUCCUUAUGCAUGACAAAGAAAGUGGUGGAAAAAGAAUAAUAAUAAUAAGAAGAAGAAUUCGUGGAAUAACAAACAUUGCCAUAUACCGAUGACCCCCUGGUAGCAGUGUAGCCAAUGCGACGCGAGGGGAAAUUUGACUCAAUUGCCGCUGGAUGGCGCCAGUUCCCGCUUGGAAGUCGGUACUGUGAUUCUGUGCAUUUAUACGUUUAUUCUAUCAUGAAUCUAUGGUUUAUACACUAAUAAUAGCUUCUUUAAUGCUAAUCUAGCGUAAAGGAGAAAAAUCAACUAAAUGCCAACGUUCGCGGCAAUUCUAAGAACGUGAUUUGUUUUUGCGGGAAAGUAAUUUACAUAUUUCUGUGAUCAUGACAUCGAUAAAACCUUUCACGUGUGAUGAUAUGUUCCGUUUCAAUAAUGUGAAUCUAGAUCCACUUACAGAAACUUAUGGUUUGUCAUUUUACAUGCAAUACUUGGCACAUUGGCCUGAAUACUUUCAAGUGGCUCAAGCACCAGAUGGAAAAAUAAUGGGAUACAUAAUGGGAAAAGCUGAGGGACAUGGAGAAAAGUGGCACGGACAUGUCACUGCAUUGACUGUAGCUCCUGAAUAUCGAAGAGUAGGAUUAGCAGCAACCCUGAUGGCUGGACUUGAAGAAAUUUCAGAAAAGAAGAAGACCUACUUUGUCGACCUCUUUGUGCGCGUGUCUAAUAAAGUGGCAGUUGACAUGUACAAACACCUUGGCUACAGUGUGUAUCGUAGAGUUAUUGAAUACUAUAGUGGGGAUCCAGAUGAGGAUGCUUUUGAUAUGCGCAAAGCAAUGUCUAUGGACAAAGAUCAGAAGUCAGUUGUGCCACUUCAGCACCCAGUGUAUCCUGAAGAUGUUGAAUGACCAUAAAAUGACUGGCGAGUCACUGCACUGCAACCUGAGAUAAAUAGUGCUUGUCUUGUGAGUAGCACAGGGAAAGAUGCCUUAAAAACGUGAUAGAUUUUCUAACCAUUUGUGGUAGGUUGCUAUACCCAACUCAUGUUUGAUGUCAUAUAGCUCAACUGUCAAUUGCCAAUAUUUGACACUCAAUGCAAUGGUACACUUUAUAGUUUGGUGGGUGCAUGUGGUUGUCAGUCAAUCAUUAAAUUAUUUUAUUUUACCUAGUAAUAUUGAUAAAGUGCUCUGAAUAUAUAAAAUUCUUAGGUGUCCUUCCAUGUCGUUUCACAUGUCCAUAUUGUACAGAGACCUUAUUGCACAGACAUACUAGUUUGCACAUGUCAUAUAGCAAUUUUGGUUGAAAGGAAGAAGCAUUGCUAUCCUAUCCUAGCAGCUGAAUUACCUAUUGCCAUUUUAAGUGUGCAUUGUCAGCAUUGCGUAAUAAUGUGAUUAAAGGGAUAGUUUACUCUAGGUUCUAGGGUUAUUUUCAGUUAAUUUAGGUUAAAAUUACGCUACAUAAAA